UUCGUUUUUCGUUUCGGCAUAUGACAGGGACAGAUUGUAAAUAGAUGGCUGUCGUGUACUAAAUCCGAGGGAACUAUUUUUAACAAAAGCAAUAAUGUAUACGAUUUAAUUUGAAGCAACCGUAAUAUCACUAUGCCUCGAACGGAAAUUAAGAGAUCGAGCGGAUUUUUUAAAGGUGUUCUAGAUGGUCUCCGGUCAUCUGUCAGUCAACGUUCCGAAUGCAUAGCAGAUGAAAAUUUACAAUCAGAAUUAUUUCAUAUUCUUAAGACAAUUCGACAUGGAUUCCCAUUCCAGCCAACAGCUAUUGCAUUUGAUCCAGUUCAGCGCAUUUUAGCUAUAGCUACUAAAAAUGGUUCAUUACGGCUAUUUGGGCGACCUGGUGUAGAUAUUUGUGUUCAACAUGAAUUAGAUUCUGCUGUGGUGCAAAUUUUGUUUUUAAUUAAUGAGGGGGCCUUAGUAACUGUAUGUGCAGAUGACAGUGUACAUCUAUGGAAUAUUCGUCAGAAACGACCAGAAAUUGUUCAUACUCUUCGUUUUCAAAAGGAAAGAAUCACAUCUUGUUGUCUCCCAUUUCAUAGCAAAUGGCUAUAUGUUGGUACAGAAAGAGGAAAUGUACAUAUUGUUAAUGUUGAAUCUUUUAUACUAUCUGGUUAUGUUGUUAAUUGGAAUAAAACAGUUGAACUGUCUCGAAAAACACAUCCAGGAAUUGUAGUGCAUUUAAGUGACAAUCCAAUCGAUCCUAACAAGCUACUCAUUGGCUAUGAGAGUGGAAACAUAGUACUGUGGGACUUGAAAAAUAAAGCUGUUGAUUGCAGGUUUUUAAGUUCUGAGACUUUAAAAAGUGCUUCUUGGCAUCAUGAAGGAAGACAAUUUAUGGCUAGCUAUAGUGAUGGAAGUAUUAGAACAUGGAACAUUAGAAAUUCGGUCAAGCCGGAAUCAGUUAUGUAUCCUCAUGCCAAAUCUUCUAAAGAUGGAAGCCCUGAGCUUUGCCAUUCUAUUACAAAAGUGGAGUGGAAAACAGCCCGCGGAAGUGAUUCAUUUAUUGCAUUUUCUGGAGGGAUGCCAUUUGAGAAAGGCAAUCAGAAUCCUUGUGUUACUGUUAUCCAUGGUAAAACCACUACGGUGCUUGAAAUGGAACAUAGUAUAAUUGAUUUCAUAACUAUGUGUGAUACACCUUGGCCAAGUGAUUAUCAAGAUCCAUAUGCAAUAGUUGUUUUAUUAUAUAAUGAUUUAGUUGUCAUAGAUCUCACUAGUUCUGGUUAUCCAUGUUAUCAAAACCCAUAUCCUAUGGAUUUGCAUGAAUCCCCCGUGACUUGUUGCUCAUAUUAUGCUGACUGCCCUGAUGACUUAAUUCCUGCCUUAUACUCUACUGGGGCUAAAGGGAAAAAGAAUCAGUGUUUUUCAGAAAAGGAGUGGCCGAUUGAUGGAGGUGGGUGGGGAGUUUCCACUUUGAGCUAUCCUGAAGUUAUAAUUACCGGGCAUGCAGAUGGUUCUCUGAAAUUUUGGGAUGCCUCAGCAGUUUCUCUUCAAAUUUUGUACAAACUGAAGAUAUCAAGAUUGUUUGAAAAGCCAAAACAACAAUCAUCCAAUAAUCUUGAUGAAGAUCCGUUUGCAAUUGAACACAUAGCUUUCUCUACAGACUGUCGAACUUUAUGUCUAGCUGAUGCUAGUUCUCAUGUUAUUGCAUUUAAAUAUCAACAAAGUGAAUCUUCAACUGACCUUACUGUUUUAGAAAUCCCUGUAUUUUAUGAAAAUGAAGAUGAAGGAGAAAAUCAAGAUAGUGACUCAAAUGCUCAUAUUUUGAGCAGAACUGACAGUCAGUGUGGGACAUCUCAUUUAGAUAGUGCUAAAAUGGUGAGCAGUUAUAUACCAUUGAAAGUUAAAACUGGUAUUUUAAAGCGCAAUCCUGGAUUUCAAGCAGAAUUAGUGUGCCUAACUCCGGUUUUAAAUCGAGAAACACCUCUUCAUAUAACAGCUUUGACGGUAAAUCCUGCUAUUGGUUUAAUGGCUUAUGGCAGUGAAUGUGGGCUUGCUAUUAUAGAUCUUACACAAAAAUGCUGUGUGGCAAGCAUGAGUACUGCAGAUUUGUAUGGCUCUUCUGAUCCAUAUCAGAAAGUUCCUCGGUCACCAAAGAGAGCUGCUGCUAUGUUAGGUGAAAUCCCCUCUGAACCAGAUAAAUGCCGUUCCCCAACUGGAGACCAGGUGAAUGGCAUGUGUCUCAGUCCAACUACACGCAAGCAUUUAUUACAGAGAAAACCCCCAUCAGCUGAGAUGCGAAGAACUAAAUCACAAGAUAAAAUUGAAAAUUCAUUCUCAAGAUCACGAAGCUCAAGCAUGUCAAGUCUAGAAAACAUUAUUUCAGAAACUGUCCAGUGCCUCAUUUUUGCUGAGUCAUACUGUAGGAAAUCAGAUUUUACAACUUCACCAACAUUAUGGGUGGGUACUAACCUUGGUUCCGUUUUGGUAAUACUGCUUACUAUCUCCCCUGAAUCAGAUCUGAGGUAUACUCAACCAGUGAUUGUUUCCCCAAGUGGUACAGUGUAUAGAAUGAAAGGAUCAAUUCUUUCAAUAUCUUUCCUUGAUUCCUGUGGAAAUAAUAUUCUUCCCCAAUUUGACGGGUUUAAAUCUGAAAACAAAUCCCUUUCUGACCAGGAUAAGAAAGUUGCAGAUGCUCCAGAUUCUCAACUCGUACUUCUUUGCUCUGAAAAGCAAGCCUUGCUUGUGUCUGUUCCUUCUCAAGCUUGCAUUCACAAAAUAAAUCUCACCGAAACAUCUUUUGCAGUUAAAGCUGAAGUUAACCUAUUAAAGGACCAUGACAAAAUAUGCAUGACAUGUUACAUUGCAAGUGGAAAUAUUGCCAUUUACAGCUUGCCAUCACUAAGAAUCAUAUGUACUGAAAAUUUUCUUCCAUUGGUAGAUAUGAGGGUUGCCAGAACAUUUUGUUUCAGUAAAAAUGGUCAUGGCGUAUAUUUGUGCUCACCAACAGAACUGCAAAAGUUUUCAAUAUCUUCAUCCUACUGCAAUGCUUUACAAGACAUGUUAGGCACUCUUUUUGUGAAUAAAGAAAUUUCUGAGGCUCCUAAAAUUAGUUUCUUCAAGGGAUUGUUUAGUUCUGGCCCGAGUCCUUUGGAUAGAGAAGAAUUAUUUGGAGAAGCUAGUGGUAAGCCAUCAAAAAAUGUGGCAAGCCAAGUACAUAUCACACUGAAUACUGAUCAAGUUAAAUGCCAAUCAGGGUCUCUAGGUGGAGAACUUUUAAAAGCAAAACAGAGCCUUAUAGAAAGGGAAGAAAAUCUGUCUCAGCUUGAGGAACGCACACAGAAAAUGAUGUCUGAAGCAGAAAGUUUUCAUAGUGCUGCACGUCAACUUGCCACUAAAUUUAAAGAUAAAAAAUGGUAUCAAUUUUAAAAGAAAAGCCAAUACUGUUUUCAGAAAAUAAAUGUUUUUGGUAGCCACACGGCUGUAUCUAGUUAAAUGUGAAAUAUGUUUGUGACUUUGAGAAUAAACACUUAAAAUUUAAAUGCUUUUAUAUACAUAUAUGUAUUGUUCCAUAUAUAUAUAUAUAUAUAUAUAUAUAUAUGCAUUUAUAUUUAUAUAUACCUACACCCAAACAUAUGUAUAGAUGUAAAGAAAGGGGGGCAGAUAUGAACAACUUUUUUCCUUUCUUUAUUUUUCCAAAAAUAUUAUCAAUUUUUCAGCACAAAAAUGUUCCCAUGACUGAAUAAUCCUUUUUUUUGUGUCAUAUUUUUUUUUAGAUUAAAAAAAUAUAUGUAUUUGUUAAUGUUAUGAAAUUGUAAAAAAUGUUCACAUGUGCCCCUACAGGGGGCAAAUGUGAACAGGCCUGAAGCACAAAUGAACACCAUUAAAAAAUGCGGGACAAGCAUCAUUUUUCAAAGAAAAACUUUUUAAUGUGAAGCAUAUAUGAAUAUACCAAUUACAUUGAUGGGUUAUAACCCACACUUUGUCAGUUUAAAUUGUAUAGUUAUUGGGUCAUUAAGAAAAUAUUUUUUUUCAAAUAUGUAACUUUGCUUGCUGUCAAAUUCUGAAGUAGUAGUUGUAUCCUGUUUUGUAGGCAUUGGAUGGGCAUGAAAAGAAUGAUAAGACCACAUAGUACAAAGAAUAUUUUAUUAUGUAAAGAUUAUUCUAAUCAUAUAUUUCCUUUUGAACUACAGUGUAUGGUGACAUAUUUUUAGCUUCAGUUUUUAACUAAAAGAAAAUACUUUUCAUCUUUAGAUUCCCUGAAGUAUUGUGUAAUACUAAAUUGUUGACCAACUUCUUUGUAACAAAAAAUAAAUAAAAAAUAAAAAAAAUAAAUAAAUAUGUAUUUAAUAAUAAUAAUAGUAGUAACUAGCAAUAAAUUUACUAACUGAUUAAGGAAAAUAAUAAUUAUAAACGUUUUCACAUUUCUUAACACUUCUAAUGUCCUGCACUAAUAUUUAAAAAUACGGAGGGAGUAUGGGAACUGUUCACAUGUGCCCCCUGAUGUUACAAGUGCCCUAUCAUCUACCUUAGAACUAACUUGCAAAAAAGAAUUCUUAAUUUUAUUAAAACAUUUUCAACUUUGACCAAAUUUACCUGAAUGUUCACAUAAUGGUUUGCAACAGGGUUCAAAAAUAUCAUGAUAUUUUCGACAUCAUGAUGUUUUCGAAAAUAUCAAAAAUGUCCAAUAUUUUGAUAUAUAUCCGAUAUUUUCA